UUUCAGAUUACGAAUAAUUGAAUAUUUUACGAAUAACAUUGAAGUGAAAACGACUGUAUUAAAGACCCUUACGACCACACACGAAGGAUAGAUCUUACUGAUAAAUACGCUGUUAUGUGAGCGAGAGGACAUGUGCCUACGAACUAAUUUGGAGAGUUUAGGUGCGACAGCUCGCCCUUACGUCGUCGGCAACAGCAAGGGCCAGAAGAACAGCGAGAAGCGGAAGGAAAAGUCCCGAGACGCCGCAAGAUGUCGUCGUGGGAAGGAGAGCGAGAUCUUUACGGAGCUGGCCAGCGCCCUGCCCCUCCCGGCCCAGACCAUAGCCCAGCUGGAUAAGGCCUCCGUCAUGCGCCUCACCCUCACCUUCCUCAAGACCCGCGCACUCUGUCAGGCAGAGUUCACCAAGACGACUGAGGGAGGCAAGUCUAAGCUGGAUGUGGAGUGGGAUUGUCUCCUGCUCAAGGCUCUGGACGGCUUCCUCCUCGUCCUCUCUACUGACGGCGACAUUGUCUAUACCUCUGACAACAUCGUCGCCUUCCUCGGCAUCCCCCAGGUGGAUGUGAUGGGACAGUCGCUGUAUGAGUACACACACCCCUGCGACCAUGAGGAGGUGAGGGAGCUCAUGUCUACUAAGGAUACCAAGGAACCUCGACACGCCUUCCUCCGUCUCAAGUGUACACUGACUGCCAAAGGCCGCUCCGUCAACCUGAAGAGUGCGUCGUACAAGGUGGUGCAAGUCAGCGGGGAGAUGGUUGGCGGUAAGGACCAAUCGUGGCUGGUGGCCCUGGGUACACCGGUUCCUCACCCCUCCAACAUCGAGUUCCCUCUGGACAAACAAACCUUCGUCAGCAAGCACUCCCUUGAUAUGAAAUUCACCUACGUCGACGACAAUGUUGGUGAAUUCUGCGGCUACAGCGUCGAGGAACUGAUGGGUCGCUCCCUCUACGAGAUGCACCACGCCCUCGACACCGACAUGGUCAAGGACGCCUACAAGACAUGUGAGUACCCAUACCAUUUAUUUCUUCCUUCUUCGUGGACGCCUGCUGCUAGACGAUGGUGGUGCUCAGGUGCUGGUGCUCUAGAUGGUGCUGGUGCUCUAGAUGGUGCUGGUGCCCUAGGUGGUGCUAGGCUGUGUAGAUGUGCUGGUGCUCUAGGUGCUGGUGCUCCAGAUAGUGCUGGUGCUCUAGAUAGUGCUGGUGCUCUAGAUGGUGCUGGUGCUCUAGGUGGUGCUAGGCUGCUCUAG